AUGAGCCGACCCGCGCCGGCGGGGAAGAUGCCCGGCCCCGAGGCCGCGCCGGGGGACGGGGCGGGCGCGAGCCGCCAGAGGAAGCUGGAGGCGCUGAUCCGCGACCCGCGCUCGCCCAUCAACGUGGAGAGCCUGCUGGAUGGCUUAAAUUCAUUGGUCCUUGAUUUGGAUUUUCCUGCUUUGAGGAAAAACAAGAAUAUAGAUAAUUUCUUAAAUAGAUAUGAGAAAAUUGUGAAAAAAAUCAGAGGUCUACAGAUGAAGGCAGAAGACUAUGAUGUUGUAAAAGUUAUUGGAAGAGGUGCUUUUGGUGAAGUUCAGUUGGUUCGUCAUAAGGCUUCACAGAAGGUUUAUGCUAUGAAGCUUCUUAGUAAGUUUGAAAUGAUAAAAAGAUCAGAUUCUGCUUUUUUCUGGGAAGAAAGAGAUAUUAUGGCCUUUGCCAACAGUCCCUGGGUGGUUCAGCUCUUUUGUGCCUUUCAAGAUGAUAAGUAUCUGUACAUGGUGAUGGAGUACAUGCCUGGUGGAGACCUGGUAAACCUUAUGAGUAACUAUGAUGUGCCUGAAAAAUGGGCCAAAUUUUAUACUGCUGAGGUGGUUCUUGCUCUGGAUGCCAUACACUCCAUGGGUUUGAUUCACAGAGAUGUGAAGCCUGACAACAUGCUUUUGGAUAAACAUGGACAUCUAAAAUUAGCAGAUUUUGGCACAUGUAUGAAGAUGGAUGAAACAGGCAUGGUGCAUUGUGAUACAGCAGUUGGAACACCUGAUUAUAUAUCGCCUGAGGUUCUGAAAUCACAAGGGGGUGAUGGUUACUAUGGGCGAGAAUGUGAUUGGUGGUCUGUAGGUGUUUUCCUUUUCGAGAUGCUGGUGGGGGAUACUCCAUUUUAUGCAGAUUCACUUGUGGGAACAUACAGCAAAAUUAUGGAUCAUAAAAACUCACUAUGCUUCCCUGAAGAUGCAGAAAUUUCUAAACAAGCAAAGAAUCUCAUCUGUGCCUUCUUAACAGAUAGGGAGGUGCGACUUGGGAGAAAUGGGGUAGAAGAAAUCAAACAACAUCCUUUCUUUAAGAAUGAUCAGUGGAAUUGGGAAAACAUAAGAGAGACGGCAGCACCUGUAGUACCUGAACUCAGCAGUGACAUAGACAGCAGCAAUUUUGACGACAUUGAAGAUGAUAAAGGAGAUGUAGAAACCUUCCCAAUUCCUAAAGCUUUUGUGGGAAAUCAGCUGCCUUUUAUAGGAUUUACCUACUAUAGAGAAAAUUUGUUAUUAAGUGACUUUCCAUCUUGUAGAGAAAAUGAUUCCAUACAAUCAAGGAAAAAUGAAGAAAGUCAAGAGAUUCAGAAAAAACUAUAUACAUUAGAAGAACAUCUUAGCACUGAGAUGCAAGCCAGAGAGGAACUGGAGCAAAAGUGCAAAUCUGUUAAUGCACGUCUAGAAAAAGUAACUAAGGAACUAGAAGAAGAGAUUACCUUAAGGAAAAAUGUGGAAUCAGCAUUGAGACAAUUAGAAAGAGAAAAGGCACUUCUUCAGCACAAAAAUGCAGAAUAUCAGCGGAAAGCUGAUCAUGACGCAGACAAGAAACGAAAUUUGGAAAAUGAUGUUAACAGUUUAAAAGAUCAACUUGAAGAUUUGAAAAAAAGAAACCAGAGCUCUCAAAUAUCCACUGAGAAAGUGAAUGAACUCCAGAGACAACUGGAUGAAACCAAUGCUUUGCUGAGGACAGAAUCUGAUACCGCAGCCCGGUUACGAAAAACCCAGGCAGAAUGUUCAAAACAGAUUCAGCAGCUGGAAUCUAACAAUAGAGAUCUACAAGAUAAAAAUUGCCUGCUAGAGACUGCCAAGUUAAAGCUUGAAAAGGAAUUUAUCAAUCUUCAGUCAGUUCUAGAAUCUGAAAGGAGGGACCGAACCCAUGGAUCAGAGAUUAUUAAUGAUUUACAAGGUAGACUUUCUGGCCUCGAAGAAGAUUUAAAGAAUGGCAAAAUCUUACUAGCAAAAGUAGAGGUGGAGAAGAGACAACUGCAAGAGAGACUGACUGAUUUGGAAAAGGAAAAGAACAAUAUGGAGAUAGAUAUGACAUAUCAACUGAAAGUUAUACAGCAGAGCUUAGAACAAGAAGAAGCUGAGCAUAAGACUACAAAAGCACGGUUGGCAGAUAAAAAUAAGAUUUAUGAAUCCAUUGAAGAAGCUAAAUCAGAAGCCAUGAAAGAAAUGGAGAAAAAGCUCCUGGAGGAAAGGACUUUAAAACAGAAAGUGGAGAACCUGUUGCUGGAAGCUGAGAAAAGAUGCUCUAUACUAGACUGCGACCUCAAGCAAUCACAGCAGAAAAUGAAUGAGCUCCUUAAACAGAAGGAUGCGCUAAAUGAGGAUGUUAGAAAUUUGACAUUGAAGAUAGAGCAGGAAACUCAGAAGCGCUGCCUCACCCAAAAUGACUUGAAGAUGCAAACUCAGCAAGUUAACACACUAAAAGUGUCAGAAAAACAGUUGAAACAAGAGAAUAAUCAUCUCAUGGAAAUGAAAAUGAGCUUGGAAAAACAGAAUGCUGAACUUCGAAAAGAACGUCAAGAUGCAGAUGGGCAAAUGAAAGAGCUCCAAGAUCAGCUUGAAGCAGAGCAGUACUUCUCAACUCUCUAUAAAACACAGGUUAAGGAACUUAAAGAAGAAUGUGAAGAAAAAAACAAACUUUGUAAAGAAUUACAGCAGAAGAAACAGGAAUUACAGGAUGAAAGGGAUUCCUUGGCCGCUCAACUAGAGAUCACCUUGACCAAAGCUGAUUCUGAGCAGUUGGCUCGUUCAAUUGCUGAAGAGCAAUAUUCCGACUUGGAAAAAGAGAAGAUCAUGAAAGAGCUGGAGAUCAAGGAGAUGAUGGCCAGACACAAGCAGGAGCUCACAGAGAAGGAUGCUACAAUCGCAUCUCUUGAAGAAACCAAUAGAACACUAACUAGUGAUGUUGCCAAUCUUGCAAAUGAAAAAGAAGAAUUAAAUAACAAAUUAAAAGAUGCCCAAGAACAACUAUCAAGGUUGAAAGAUGAAGAGAUAAGUGCAACAGCUAUUAAAGCACAAUUUGAGAAGCAACUGUUAACAGAGAGAACACUCAAAACUCAAGCUGUGAAUAAGUUGGCUGAGAUCAUGAACCGCAAAGAGCCUGUCAAGCGUGGUAGUGACACAGAUGUGCGGAGAAAAGAGAAGGAGAAUAGAAAGCUACAUAUGGAGCUUAAAUCUGAACGUGAAAAAUUCACCCAGCAGAUGAUCAAGUAUCAGAAGGAACUGAAUGAAAUGCAGGCUCAAAUAGCUGAAGAGAGCCAGAUUCGAAUUGAACUGCAAAUGACACUGGACAGUAAAGACAGUGACAUUGAGCAGCUGCGGUCACAGCUCCAGGCCUUGCACAUUGGUAUGGACAGUUCCAGUAUAGGCAGUGGGCCGGGGGAUGCCGAGGCAGACGAUGGCUUUCCAGAAUCAAGACUAGAAGGAUGGCUUUCAUUGCCUGUGCGAAACAACACUAAGAAAUUUGGAUGGGUUAAAAAGUAUGUGAUUGUAAGCAGUAAGAAGAUUCUUUUUUAUGACAGCGAACAAGAUAAAGAACAAUCUAAUCCUUACAUGGUUUUAGAUAUAGACAAGUUAUUUCAUGUCCGACCAGUUACACAGACAGAUGUAUAUAGAGCAGAUGUUAGAGAAAUUCCCAGGAUAUUCCAGAUUCUGUAUGCCAAUGAAGGAGAAAGUAAGAAGGAACAAGAAUUUCCAGUGGAGCCAGUGGGAGAAAAAUCAAAUUAUAUAUGCCACAAAGGACAUGAAUUUAUUCCUACUCUCUAUCAUUUCCCAACCAACUGUGAGGCUUGUAUGAAGCCAUUGUGGCAUAUGUUUAAACCUCCUCCUGCUUUAGAGUGCCGCCGCUGCCACAUCAAAUGUCACAAAGAUCACAUGGAUAAAAAGGAGGAGAUUAUAGCACCUUGCAAAGUGUAUUAUGAUAUUUCAACGGCAAAGAAUCUAUUAUUAUUAGCAAAUUCUACAGAAGAGCAGCAGAAGUGGGUUAGUCGGUUGGUGAAAAAGAUACCUAAGAAGCCUCCUGCUCCAGACCCUUUUGCACGGUCAUCUCCUAGAACUUCAAUGAAGAUACAGCAAAACCAGUCUAUGAGACGGCCAAGUCGACAACUUGCCCCUAACAAACCAAGCUAACUGCCUUCUAUGAAUGCAGUCAUUAUUCACGGUGACCAUAUUCUUCCAGUAAAAAAGAAGAUUGAAGUGUGAUGGCCCAAGAUUUAUUGAAAAGCUAUAUUUUCAUGAGAGACUUAUACACACACACACACAUACAUACAUACAUAUGUAUGUGUAUGUAUAUAUAUAUAUAUAUAUAUGUUCCCUUUUCCCCCAUAAUAUAAAUUAUAAAUCUUGGAGAGAUUUUCUGGACUCCUUGGAAGAACAAGUUGAACCAGCAGUGAUGUUAGUAAGAGUAAGGAUGCCACCUGCAACUUUUCCAAACUUACUCCAUAAAGCUCUCUUGACACAGUCACUCACACUACAUUGCUCAAAUGGACUAAGAAGAGUUAAAAUCAGCUUUUCAACUUCAACAGAGAGAUUUCACCAGCACAUUUACCAGAAGAAUCUGGGAAUGGAUUCCACUACAGUGAUACAAACUGCCUCUUUAAGAAGUGACCAUUAAACUGUGUGUGUGUGUAUAUAUGUGUAUAUAGAUACACAUGUGCACAUACAUAUAUCUAUAGUACAAGAGGGUUUUUUAAAUGUCCCACUUUAUUUUUUUAUACACAUUAAUCAGAUACCAUUACUUACUGCAGUUGCAGCUAUGCACUUGUAUAAAGCCAUCACCUUGGGGUUUGUACGUCCAUCCAUGAUGGACACUGCAUGUUCAUGUUUAAGCAGUUACUGAAACAAGAAUUAAAUCAGUUUCCUAAUGCUUCGUGAUAGGCAACUUUAACCAUUUUGAAUGCCUUAAUUUAAUUUUUUUUUCCUAUCUAAUUCUCAACCCUUUUCUGUAUUUAAGGGGAAAAAACACACACAGGUAUUUACCAGUGCUUAGAAUACAAAUUUGCUUUGCGGAAGAAAAAUAGUGCACUAUUUUUACACAUAAGACUUAUCUAUGUCAGCCUAUUUUGAUUUUUUUUGUAAGUGUUGGUGAUAGAAACAAUAAUGGAUAGUAUUGGAACUAAUAUAUCUUUUAUGUAUAUCUAUAUUAUUCCUCCAGCCCUUUUUACAGACCUCAGUAUUAGUGUGUGACUAUGAAACAUUUUCUUUGCUUCGAAUUUGCUGGCUACCCUAGAUGUGUUUUCAUUUCUCAUAAAGACAUUGUGACUUUUUAAAACAUUUUUCACAUUCAAGAUUUAAAAAUUAUCUCAACUCUAAAGAAAAGAAAUACCGUAGAUACAUUUUAAAUAUUUAAAUGGAAUCCCUUAAACACAACUGUGGUCUGGCAAUAUUUCAUUAUUGGGCUAAGAAAACUGGUGAUUGGGAAGAAUUGACUCAAAGGCACUUAACAUGAUGUUUUUAAUUUGUGCUGAAUUGGAGUGUGCAGCGUUAUCAAUCAGCACCUGUACAUGCUACAUUAUGGUCCCUACCAAUUGUAUUUUUAAAAUGCUGUUAAAUUUAGAAGCAGAACUGUUGUUGCUUAUUUCUCAUUAUCCUGAGAAAGUUUGUUUUAUACUGCCAGAGUGUGCAUCAGUGAUCAGCAUCAAGUUAAAAUUAUGUAGUCUUUUAUCAGUCUAUAUACACACACAGUUUGAUGUGAUACUGAAAUGUCUGAUAUUUCAAUGAAGGAAGUAGAUGUUUUUCAUUGAUUCUAUGGACUCAUAGAGUAGAGAUGUUUAAAGGGUAGAUCCCCAAUUAGAGAAUCUAUUGUGGAAAUUGAGGAGAGGCCUUUGCUCAGCUGAUGUACUGGAAAAGAAUCCUGUCCUCUCGUGUGGUUGUCUGCGCCCUUCUUGCGGGCUGUGCUAAGCCAGGUGCCCAAGCCACUUCCCUCGCGGGUGUGUUCCGCAGUUCUGGUUUGGGGGCGCAGCUUUUUUUUUUUUAAAGAAGAUGAAAAAUAUAUAAAUUUAUAUAGAAUAAAUAUUUCCAUUCAUUAGAAUUGUUAAAAGAAGACUGAAUAUUUUAUAUAAAGAUUUUGUUACACUAUGGGAGGGUCAUUCUGAAUUGGAGAGUAUAUAUAUAUAUAUAUUUUUAAUAAACUUUAUUAAGAUGAAAUAAUUUGAAGUUUACAAAUGAGUAAUUGAAAUAUUUGAGUAAAAAGGGCAAAAGUUUAAAUUUUGAAAGCUGUAUAUAUAUCAGAGAAUAUGGAGAAUCAUGGUGUGAUGCAACUAUACAAAGAAAAUUAACAUGAAGUUUUUUUGGGGGGAAAGAUAUUCUAAGGGGUGAAAAAAAUCUCUCCCAUGGAGAUUCUUCCCAUUAUAUGGUUUGACAUAGGGAUUUACAAUAAGGUUAUUUGUCCCACUAGUGGAAAUGUGCUUAAUAAAAAAUUUUGACCGUGGGCAAGAAUUUGCUUUUUACCCUAUUCCUGGUUUCAUGUACGUGAGUGCAUGCACCAGAUGUUCUCCCCAACACUCAUUAAAUACAAUAUUGACUUGGUUUAACAGCCUGUUUUGUGCCAGCUUUCUCUUUCUUGAGGCUCCAAAGCUUCCAAGAUAACUACUAAGACUGAAAGUCACUUACUUCCUCACACCUGACUUCUCCUAGCGCCAUAAAUACCUCCUAUUGAAAACUAAGAGUGAGUUUUCUUAGUUGGAUGUUUUACUUUAAUUUUGUGGGGAUAGUGAGACAGAAGUGGGAUACUGGUGCCGGAAUUACUGUUGAAAAUUCAUGAGUUUUAUUUAAAAGUAUUAUUUUUUCAAGUGUUACCUAGAAGUAAGAGUUAAAAUAAAAAAAUCUAUCUGAAAGUUUAAAAUGCUGUAGCUAACUAAAGUAUACCAAUAAAUCUAAAGGUCAGUCUUUUUAAAACUGGCCUCUGCUAGAGUUAGACAGAUCUGGCUCUGAAGGAUCACCCGUGCAUUGGUUUAUCCUCAGGAAGAGAAACUCUAGGUUGCCAAACCACAGCUGAAGAGGUCGUGCUGCUGUUGAUAACCUGCUUACAGGAUUCUGGUGGGAAACAGUACCUCGGACACUGUGUUACCAUGUGGAAACGUGCUUUAAAUGACACGUUUACACCCCGGGAGAGCCAGUCACUGCUGAGCUCUGGGCGGUGCUGACACUGCUGCUGACUCUCUGCUCCCUGGAACAAGGCUGCAGUCUGCCUGUGUUGUGAAGACACCAUAGUUGAUCUCUAAAGCACUUUGAAGAUGAGCACUGUUUGCCGGUGCUGAAUGUUAUGUUGGGGGGCCUCGCCUUGAUUUCCUUCCCCAUCAUGAGUUCUGUUUGGAAUUGUGAUAAGUUAUGAACUUGCAUGACUUAGAUAAUCAUAAACAUUGGAUCAACUGUCCCCUUUGAACAAAAAUCGUACCCCCUUGAUUUUGUUGCAUCUCGAUAGUAAUGUAAUGUAUUUUAUGCCUGCUUUUUAUUAAAAAAAUAAAAUCAAGACACAGCCUUUUAAUAUUUUCCUGUAAAU